AUGACGCUGGGAGGCCGACGAUCGGCGGGAACAAGUGCCAUCUUACGAGAAGUCUCAGUGCCAGCACCAGCACAUGGGCCAUUGGGUGCCCUUUCUCAUCUCAAGGUCACAGCAAAGAUCCGAGCAAAGGUCAAAGCACGGGCGCCCUUAGCAGCACAGGUGGAGGAUCCCACAGCUGGGUCGCAAGGACAGCACCACGUGCAAUCUCCCUCGGCGAGUAAUCCGACGUUCGUGGAACCUGACGAGCAGAGUGAAGCAACAACCAAGAUCAGCAGCAGUGGUCGAGGCAGAUCCCACACGACGUCCUCAGUGUUGACCACAGCGUCGUCCUCUAGCUCGAUUCCGACCAUCACCGUCACUGAGACAAGGAUCAAUAUUCCCGCACCCGAGGAUCGACGGCAAGCAGCGAUCUCGGUGGAGUCGGAGCGUGUCGAGGCAGAGGCAGAAGCAGAAGCAAAAGCAGAAGCGGAAGAGCCAGGAACACGGUUGAGCUUCGGGCCCAGCACCGGCGGGCAAUUGCGCGCCUCGGCGUCAUCGGUGUCGCUAUCGGGCAGUACGAGGACGAGGACGCCUCAGCAGCUCACAGGGCCAACAUCGGCACCUGUCACAUCAGCAUCAUCUUCCGGUGUGGAUUCGCAUAGGGACCCACGGCUGAUAACAGUAAGUUCCCACGUUUUUCCCGUCAGCCACUCCCAGGGCGGCAUCUCAGCCAUUGCCGCCUAG